AUGGCGCCCAACCCGGCCGCCGUUGGUGGCCUCCUCCGCCAGGUAAUACACUACCACCUGGACAAUGCUGCCUACGACAACGCCCUCUUCUUCUCCGAGCGACUCGCCGCCCAAGAUCCAAAGUCGGGCGAGGCAACAUAUCUCUAUGCCCUGUGCCAUCUCCGGGUGGGCGACUACCGUUCCGCUUACGACGUCGGCAAGCCCUUGGGUUACCGGGGCCUCAACCUCAACUGUGCUUGGGUCUUUGCUCAGGCUUGUCUGGCUCUCGAGCGAUACAAGGACGGCAUCGUGGCGCUGGAGAAGUCGCGGGGACUGUGGUCGCAGAAAUGCAGCAUCGGCAAGCACUCUUCUACGGUCCGCACGGGGGCCCCUGAUGUUCCCGCGGUGCUGAACCUGUUGGGCAAGCUGCAUCGCGGCUACGGAGACAAGAAGAAGGCUAUCAGCUGCUUCGAGGAGGCACUGAAAAAGAAUCCCUUCAUGUGGGAUGCAUUCACGGCACUUUGCGACAUGGGAAUCAAUGUUCGCGUGCCAAAUAUCUUCAAGGCAAACGACACCCUACUGCACAGCUUCGAACUGGACGGGAACGCCGCGACUGCGGACAGCAGGGAAAAUCUCGCCUCAAGUCACCAGGAUCCGUUAUCAAAACGAUCCGCGCUGCGAAACGCUGCAUCGGAUAUGGUCGACCCUUUCCACGUUAACUUUCCGAGCACGGAAUCGCAGAGCCCUACGGUUGACAUGUUCACCGAACCGGGAGAUGACUUCAUGUCCAAGAUUCAGAACGCCAGGCUGAGGCUCGGAGUGUCGUCGAAUAGCCAGUCCAUUAUGGAUGGUAUGGAAACCCCUACGGGUCCGACCUCGACUGACGUCGCUACAACUCGCUCUGCGUAUUCGCAAGAACCGCCACAGGCGCCAGCUCGGCGGACACGCAACGCUCAAGGAAUCGACACUGGCAUGGAGGCUCCGCCGCGGAUGAACUAUCGGCUCGGCACGGCGAAGCGAGGCGUUCGGACACAAGACAGGAGCCAGGAACCGGCCGUGGAACUCAUGUCGGACGCCCCCAAUGUGCCGACGACCGCCAUGCGGUCUGGUGCCGUGAACACAGCCGAUAGGAAACGAACGCUGUCUGGGCACCCUGUCGCCCGAUCCACUAACACAGAAGAACCAGCUGCCCGGCGGAGCGCUCGGUUGAACAUGUUCAAGUCAUCUACCAAGGCAAACACAGGAGGAGCGACGACGUUGGGGACAACCCAAGGACGCGAACUGAAAAAGGCUAGGCCCCCGGUCUCGCGGAUAAUGCGGCCAGGCUCCAGUGGUUCUAGUGUCGGCCGGGUUGUUAGCGGUAACCGGAAGCCUCUGGAGGACCACGGGGAUGUCGACCAUGGAGAGACAUCGAGAGUCAAGGAGGCCUCGCAACCCGCCAUGACGAGGCCGCCUGAGCCGGAUGCAGCCAAGGUUGAGGAGGCCCUGAAGUGGACGCUGGAUCUCGUCAAGAAGCUCGCAAACGGGUAUUACACCUUGUCGCGAUUCCAGUGCCAGGAGUCGUUGCAGGCUUUGAGUGCGCUGCCACCAGCACAUCAAGCGACACCUUGGGUAUUGGCCCAAAUGGGCCGAGCCCACUACGAACAAGCUUCAUACGCGGAAGCCGAAAAGUUCUUCAGGAGGUUGCGCGUCCAGGCUCCUUCUCGCCUGCAGGACAUGGAGGUGUACUCGACGAUCCUGUGGCACCUCAAACGGGAGACAGACCUCUCCUUCCUGGCUCACGAGCUGGUGGACGCCGCCUGGCACUCACCUCAGGCAUGGUGCGCCUUGGGAAACGCCUGGUCCCUGUCUAGAGACCCCGAGCAAGCCCUCAAAUGCUUCAAGCGGGCCACGCAACUGGAUCCGAACUUUGCGUAUGCCUUCACGCUGCAGGGGCAUGAACACGUGAGCAACGAAGAGUAUGAGAAGGCCCUGACGGCCUACCGACAGGCCAUCGCCGCAGACAGGCGGCACUACAACGCAUAUUACGGCAUCGGGCGUGUCCAAGAGCGCCUUGGGGCGUACGACAAAGCGUACGACCACUUUUACGCAGCACAGGUCAUCAAUCCCAACAAUGCAGUCUUGAUCUGCUGCAUGGGCACGGUUCUGGAGAAGCAGAAGCAGAUGGUGCAGGCGCUAAACGCCUACACAAAGGCAGCGGAGCUUGCACCGCGCGCAGCUCAGACCAGGUACAAGAAGGCCAGGGCUCUCCUUACGGUGGGCCAGAUCGAGUCUGCUCAGCGGGAGCUCAUGAUCCUAAAGGAUCUGGCGCCUGAGGAGGCGACAGUGCACUUCUUGCUUGGGACGCUGUACAAGAACACGGGCGAGAAGCAGCUCUCGGUGCGCCACUUUACCAUUGCUUUGUCUCUUGACCCAAAGGCGGCGCCCAAGAUUAAGGAAGCAAUCGAGAGCUUCGAGGACGACAUACCGAUGGACGACUCAUUGAUGGGAUGA